UUGCCGACAAGGACAAUGCUUCUUCUGCUGCCCAAGUCAUGAGCGGUCCCCGUCACAACGGAAAAACCGAAGGAUUCAAGUGUUUAGAUGUUGCAUUGAGAAAACAACCACGCACAUCGAAACACAGCAGAAGAUGGAUUGGAGUCUCCCUGUGUAGAUCCACGAUGGCCUUCGUCUUGACCACAGCAGCUGAAGGCCCCCUCCAAGCCCAUGUAUGUACGUUGUUAUGGCAACAAUAGAUGGAAACACGGACGUUGAGACCCUGUUGGCUGAGAUCCACCUGGAGCGAUACCUGAAGACCUUCCGCCAGUCUGGCUUCCUCUUGGCCAGGGACCUCAGCCACCUAGACAAUGGAGCUCUUAUCCAGCUGGGUGUAACUGCCACCGGACACAGGAAGAGAAUACUGAGGCUGGUCCAGCACAUUCAGAGGGCUACCAAUCAGAAUCAGUUGACAUCAGAGCCCUUGGAGCCCUUAUUGGACCGUUGUCAGUCUGAGUCUGACAUUAAUUCCACACCCAUCCAAUCAGGAGGGCCGAGGUCUGACCAAGGGGGCGGAACUGGGGCCAUUCCGUUUGAAGCGUUCCGGAAUAAUUCUGUUCCUAACAUUCCAUCCAUGUUGAUGAACUCUGGGUCAGAACAGCAGCAACAGUACAAUGGGAAUGUUGUCAUAAAACCGGUUCCAAAACCUAGAACAGUGUUUUACAGACGCAAAACAGAACCCGCCCGGUUUCUCUCCUGUCCCAUACCACCGACAUCACCAGAUCCUCAUGUUCUGACCCUAACCAGGAAACCGUCUCAGGAAUCUCUCUGUUUCACCAUAUUGGAAGGUUUGGCUUCAGGUGAAUUUAACACUGACACAGUGAUGGUGGGGCCUACCCCUAACCCUGCCCCUAACCCUGCCCCUACCCCUACCCCUACCCCUACCCCUAACCCUGCCCCUACCCCUACCCUGAGACACAGCCUAAGCCUGAGAGAGAGGAGGCUGAGUAACUCCUCAGACUCUGGAGGUCCCCAGCCCCCUGUUCCCCCUCGGCUGAACCGAGGUACCCCUCCAGCCAUGUUUAGGGGACCUACAUCCACACCACCGUCAUCUGGUGGAAGGACUGAACAAAACCAGGACCAGUGCCUGACAACCCCACCUCCCUCAUCCCCUUGUAACUAUGACGACACUGGAUUCCCCUCUUCGACCACUUCCCCUCCCGGCUCUCCGAUGGAGAUGGUCUCCAAUGAGAUCUACUGUGGCACUACACCUGGCACGGCAGCUAGUAGUGGACGGAUUCCCUGCAACGCUCCUCAAACACCACCACGGCCAGAGAUCCACACCUCUCCUGAAGGAAAUGGCACUUUAAAUAACAACUGUCGUGAAUCGUCCCACGGAGUCCCCAUGGAGGACCCAGAGGAGGAGAUCAGUCCCUACUGUGAAACGGUCUUCCAGACCAGACGACCACUGCAGCACUCUGAGGCGGAAAGGACCAGAUGUGAAGGAAAGACAGGAACGACAAGAGCGGUGGAAGAGAAACACGGAGAGGAUCAUGGGACACCCAAACUCUCCUGGGCCAAACGUCUGUCCCACGCCCUCCACAGUGAGUCCCAGGGCUACAGCACAGUAGGAGAGGCGGCACCACCCCCUCUCUGCCUCUCCUUACCCCCCAACCUGUACCCCUCGGAGCCGGAUGAGGACCAGACGAUAUCCCCCUACGCCAGCUACACCUCUCUCUCCGAGCAGACUGAACCCAUCAUCUGUGGCUGGCUGGAUAAGCUAUCACCACAAGGGAACUAUGUAUUCCAGAAACGCUAUGUGAAGUUUGAUGGCAAAAAUCUGCUGUACUUCGGCAGUGAAAAGGACCCGUACCCCAAAGGAGUGAUUCCUCUGGCUGCAAUACAGAUGGCCCGCAUGGCCAAAGACAAUAAAUUUGAGAUCGUGACAAGUCACAGGACGUUUGUCUUCCGGGCUGAUAACGAAGUGCAGAGACAUCAGUGGUGCAGUACCCUACAGGGGAGGGUGAAGGAACAGCUCGUGUUCGGGCGCCCUCGCUUCGGUCCUGGCAGCCACUGUCAGAGGAGUGGUCCUCUGGAGCUCAAAGGGACCAAGUCAAAAGUCUACGUGGCCCUCAACACAGAGCAGGUCUGGCUGUACAAGACUGAGCAGUGUUUUAGGAAUGGGAUUGGAAUCACGCUGAUCGAGGCCAGAGGGGCUACGAUUAGAGACGGCAAAGGAAAGAGCUUUGACCUCAUCACACCUUACAAAACAUUCAGUUUCACAGCUGAGUCUGAGCGGGAUAAGAGGGACUGGAUGGAGGCUGUACAGGAGUCCAUAGCAGAGACCCUGUCUGACUACGAGGUGGCUGAGAAGAUCUGGUCCAACAGGUUUAAUAAGCUCUGUGCUGACUGCCAAGCAGUCAACCCUGACUGGGCCUCUAUUAACCUCUGUGUUGUCAUCUGUAAGAACUGUGCAGGUCAACACAGAGGUCUGGGGACUAUGGUGUCUAAAGUACAGAGCCUGAAACUGGACACCAGCGUGUGGAGCAACGAGAUCGUCCAGCUCUUCAUAAUGUUGGGGAACGACCGAGCCAAUGAGUUCUGGGCGGCCAGGUUAUCUCCAGCUGACGAGUUACACCAUGAUGCCACACCAGACCAGCGGAGAGAGUUUAUCAUCCAUAAGUACCGUGAGGGGCGCUACCGACACCCCCACCCCAACUUCAACACACAGGAGGAGCUGCUCAAGGUUCUGUGUACUGCUGUGACCGAGCAGAACCUGCUGAAGACGGUCACCCAGAUCUUCACCGAGGCAGAGGCGUUCCGAGCCCGCCUCGCUGCCUCUAAUGGAUCUGACAAGCAUCUGUCUCAGGAAUACUCCCUCCCGCAAGGCACCUCAGACCCCGGUGUGUAUGAUGAGAUUAUGCAGGCCGUGCUGCACUCCGGCUACCUCUACAAGUCAGCCUCAAUGAACAAAGGGACAUUAUCCAGGAAAACCAGAGAAGAUUUCCAGAAGUACUGGUGCACGGUGGAGAGGUCUCUUCUGUUCUACGAGUCGGACCGAUGUCCUGAUCCAAGCCUGAAGAUCAACGUCAAAGACAUCGUCUGUCUGGGGGUCAGCAGGCCGGACUCCUGCAACAACAACGGCUUCAUCGACAGGUUCCUCUAUACGUUUCAACUGUACCUGUCCUCAGAGAAGCUCUAUCAGUUUGGAUUGGAAACUCCUGAUGCGCUGCAAUGUUGGGUCAAGGCCAUCGGAAAGGCCGCCACACCUUUAAGCUGCCACUGCCUGCUAGCGAGGGAGUUUGAGCGGGUGGGAGUGCUGCGUUACAAGGCCAUGCGGGACCCUUCUCAGUGGAAAGAGGGCUAUUUUGUCCUUCAGAAGUCUAACCUGUUCAUCUGCCCAGGGAACGACGGAGCAGCUGAGGACAUUAUCAACCUUAAACGUCUGCAAGAGCUCAGUAUUGUAACUGAGAACCAAAACCAUGAGAAGAAGGAAAUUCUGGUUUUGGUUGAAAAAGGAAGGACGCUACACCUCCAGGGGAUGGGUCGGUUAGACUUCUCCCUGUGGUACGCAGACAUCCAGAGAGCUGCUGGAGGGAAGGGCAACACCCUGAGAGAACAGCAGCUCAGCAGGAAUGAUAUCCCCAUCAUCGUAGACAGCUGCAUCGCCUUCAUCACACAGUAUGGUCUGGGUCACGAGGGGAUCUACAGGAAGAACGGAGCUGCGUCCAGGAUCAAACUACUGAUGGAGGAGUUCAGGAACGAUGCUCGCAACGUCAAGCUCCGGAUCGGGGAUAACUUCAUCGAGGAUGUGACUGACGUGCUGAAGAGGUUCUUCAGGGAGAUAGACGACCCCAUCUUCAUGGCUGACCUGCAUCAGCUAUGGAAGGAGGCUGUCAGAACAGCCAAAGAUAAGAACCAGCGUCUAGACAGAUACAAGGAGAUCAUCCGUAGUUUACCUAGAGUCAACAGGACUACCCUGGCUGCUCUGAUCAGCCACCUCUACAGGGUUCAGAAGUGCUCUCUCUCUCUCUCUCUCUUUCUCUCUGACCUCAUAGACAACUACCUGUAUAUCUUCGAUAUUGAUGAGGAGCAACAGACCCAGAUAGAACUGGAGCUCAGCCUCAUCACCACCUGGAAGGACACACAGCUGUCCCAAGCAGGUGACCUGAUCAUUGAAGUGUACCUGGAGAAGAAGAUGGCAGACUGCUGCAUCACACUCAAGGUAUCUCCAACCAUGGGUGCUGAGGAGUUGACUAACCAGGUCCUGUACAUGAGGAACAUCCCAGCAGGGGAGAAGGACGUGUGGCUGACGUUCGAGACCAUAGAGGAAGGACAACUGGAGCGGCCACUACACCCCAAAGAGAAGGUGCUGGAGCAGGCUCUACAGUGGUGUAAAAUGGCUGAUCCUAGUUCAGCUUACCUGGUGGUGAAGAGAGUUCCCAAAGGAGAGGGCAUCAACAUCCUCACUGCCUACAAGAGUGAAAUAAUGAAGAUGGGAGUUCUGAAGUGUCGUGAAGAUCCUCCCAAACUCCUCCACGGAAAAGUCUUUCAGGAACACACCUUUCAGAUCAAAGACCACAAGCUGCUACUGCUGAAGGACAAAAAGAGCAUCAAGCCGGAAAAGGAAUGGCCUCUGAAAUCUAUGAAGAUCUACAUGGGAAUUCGAAAGAAGCUGAAACCCCCCACUAGAUGGGGCUUUACUCUCAUGAUGGAAAAACAGCAACUGUACCUUUGUUGCUUUUGUGAGUCUGACCUAUGGGAUUGGGUCACCAAUUUCCUCAAAGCACAGAAUGAUGACCCCCGACCUCCGGUGUUGAGGCGUCACUCCUCCUCAGAUAUCUCCAAACAGAAGUUUGGGACCAUGCCCCUAGUGCCAAUCAGAGGGGACGGACAUGAGAGCAACUCUACAAUGCUGUCAGCCAAUCAGACUCUGCGAAAGCUUCACGCUAGAAGGACUCUCUCCAUGUUCUUUCCCAUGAAGGUGCAGCAGGACUCCUUCGAGGAGCAUCCAGAGCCAGAACCCCCAGAACCCCCAGAGCCUCUGUAUGAGGAAGUAGGAGACUUCGGCCUGCAGGUCCUCAAGUCCCUGGAGACCAGCUUCCUCUCCAACAACACCUCAGAGACCCAGGAGGUCCCUGACGGGCCCUUGAACCUCAUCCUGGGCCCUCGGAAGACGGGCUCCCUGGAUCGCAUGAUCGGCCCCAACCCGGUUCACUCUCUGGGACUGGGAGGAGAGGGUCUGCUGCCCUCUGCUGGUUCUCUGGAUACCCUGGUCCUGGGUGAAGGAGAGAACCUCCAGGAGUCUAAUCAGCCAGUGCCGAGGAGGAGGAGGCAGCAGCACAGGCCCUGUACCCCCUCUCAGGAGCUGCUCCUCCAGGAACUGUCCUCUGUCUUCACCAAGAAGACAGAGAAUGAGGAGAAACCACCAGGAGAGAAGAACGCCAUCUGAGGAGAAGAAGAGAUGUGUGCACUUGUAUUGUAGACUCAGGCCAGACAGACAGAUGACUGUAACAGCAUGGGAGUACGGACACAACCCAUUUGUUUGGGUGGUGUGUCAAAAAUACAUAAUCAGAUAGGAAUAACCAUUUACUUGUUUUGUCCUACAAACUAGUACUGUUCUAUCACUGGUAUGUACAGAUCUGUUUUAUAUUGAAAGAUGCUUAUUGGAUUAUAACAUCCUUGCUAAUUGCUUAAGCUAUGAACUAUGGGGGAUUCCUUUUUUCAUUCGUUUUUUUUCAUAGUUUACUAAACCUCUUGAGUGAAAGAGAAAUGGAUGCUUCUCUCAUGUCUGGUGGUGAUGCAUUAGGCAUUCAACUGUUUUUGUUUUGUUUUAAACAACUGGAUUUUAAAUAGAAAUGUGUUACAGUCUCUUAAUGUAUUAAUUUAUUUUCAAGAAUAUUUUAUCAACUUUUUUUUUUUUUUUUUUUUUUUUACAUAAAAGCUGUGAAAGUAACAAAGGCAGAGUUUUGCUUCAAGACAGCCCCAGAUAUUCCAGAGUGUUGCAAAACUGUCUGGCCAGAAGGUGGCAGUAUGCCACACUGUCUGACCAGAAGGUGGCAGUAUGCCACACUGUCUGACCAGAAGGUGGCAGUAUGCCACACUGUCUGACCAGAAGGUGGCAGUAUGCUACACUGUCUGACCAGAAGGUGGCAGUAUGCCACACUGUCUGACCAGAAGGUGGCAGAAUGCCACACUGUCUGACCAGAAGGUGGCAGUAUGCCACACUGUCUGACCAGAAGGUGGCAGAAUGCCACACUGUCUGACCAGAAGGUGGCAGAAUGCCACACUGUCUGACCAGAAGGUGGCAGAAUGCCACACUGUCUGACCAGAAGGUGGCAGAAUGCCACACUGUCUUUUAGAUACUAAGAAUCCAUUUGUACUAUUAUAUACACCACUGUAUGACGUGAAUACAGCCAAAUAUAAUGAUUGUUAGUGGCACUACAUUUUAAUAUUCUUCAUGUUUGCACUACUAAGUCUAUUGCUUUUACGUUAAUAUGCCAUGUUUAAGAUAUCCUCCCUUUUGCAUCAAUCUAAAUAGACAAUAAGAUAAUACAUUUUGACUGCCUUUGCCAAGUGUCUAUAGUGUUGUAAUGCAUUUUGACUGCUUUUACCAAGUGUCUAUAGUGUUGUAAUGCAUUUGCUUGCAUUGUCCUCCAUUUGUUUUAUUCUUACUGUAAAUAUUGUACAUUAGUCUGUGUGCUUAUACCCUUUCAAUAUUCAUUAUGCAGCAUUUCACUGUGCCGUCGCUACAUGAAGGUCUAUAUUAAAUAUGAUAUUUUUAGUUUUA